AUGGAAGAAGAGCAACGACGAGAACGAGAACGAGCGCUUCAGAGUGUCGCUAAUGCUGAAAGAGUACAGUACCGACACGACGAAGUCCAGAAUAGUGGGCGAAACUCGAGUGAGUAUGCGCGUCAAGGACUAGCCAAUGUCAAGGCUUGCAACGUAGGAGCGUAUCGAAAUCACGUUGCCGAACCUACCAAGCUUUGGUAA